AUGUUUAACUUUUCCCCCAACACUGCAAUUCUAGCCAUAUUGGCUGCUUGUGCCCAUGGACAUGGUGUGCUUAAUAAACCCAGUCCCCGUAUUACUGGCCCUGUCCAGAAGGCCCUAUGCGGCAGUGCAGUGACGACUGCUCUAGAGAAAGAUAUCGCCGGUCCGAUCGAGGAUGCUCUAGCUAAAGCAGAUGCGAACUAUAAAUGCAAUGCGUAUUUGUGCCGAGGGUAUCAAUACGAAGAUAAUCUAGACAAUGUUAAAGUAGUCAGUGUUGGCGAUAACUUAGUUUUCCACGUCGAUCUUAUUGCAGGCCAUCACCCUGGAUGGGCGAACAUGUCUGCUGUAGACCUGGGUACGAACACUCUUAUCGGCGAUGCACUGAAAACUUGGGAUGAGUGGCCGAUCUCGGGUUCUAACGAGGACAUUGACUUUAAUGUCACUAUCCCUGACUCUUUGAGGACACCAUGCAACGAACCGGGAAAGUGUGUCUUGCAAUGGUAUUGGUGGUCCAACAGUAAUAAGCAGACUUACGAGAGCUGCCUUGAUUUCUACGUUGAAGCAUGA